AUGACCGUUAUCGAGUCGUAUUCGCCGUCCCGGUCACGGGAUGGUGGUAAGGGUCCUAGGAAGUCUAUUCCUACUACUUCCCAAGGUUGGGACGGUGCUGGUGGUACACGAGGCGCAGUAUGUCUGGAUGUCCCGUGCCAUGGUUUUCCACCAGACAUGCUCCUGCAGUUUCGAGGAGUCGUCUGCCAUCAAUUGUUACGUUCGUUUCGGAACUCUUUGGGAGAUUCCAACACCUUGCUCAAGAGGCUAUCUUUUUCGUACUGGCCCUGCAACUGCUUCAGCAGUUCGGUCUCGUUUGGGCUGCCUGGUCCUGACUCCCUCCCCUCCAUUCGUUCAGCAGGGGUUCAUGGGCCACGCAGGACGAAUCCGCCCUGGACCCGACGGGCAAACUCCUUGCUCGUCUCAGGCCGCCCAGUCUCCGCAGGAGGCACAGGCGGCCUACCACGCACCUGCCUGGGCAUCGGUCCAGGCCCACUCGACGAAGCGAUUGGUUGCUUGGUCGUCGACCCAGGUCUGCUUGGUGAAGCGAUUGGUGGCCUGGUCGUUGGCCUCGACCCGCUGGACGAAUGGACUGACUGUUUGGUCGUUGACCCAGACGCCACAUCAGCCUUGGCUGCAGCGAUCCUGGCGCUCCGUCGCGGGGGCGCGACGUACGCUUCCACACCCACCGACACCGGCAUAGACACCAGGUCUGAAGCAUCCAGCACCGGUGAAUCCUCAUCAUGA